GCUGAUGAUUAAUGUAAUAUUUGUACAAUAGAAUCGAAGACGCAUUGUAUUCAAAUCAAAUGAAUGGUGCCCACACACGCCUCCAUAAUAACUCCAGUUAUUCAGUGGAUUUAAAAAGAAAAUGUAUUGUACAGAAAUAUUCAAAAUACUUGCUACGUAAUGGAAAAGUACCAAAUGUGUUACAUUUUCUUAUUUUUAGCGACAUUUUGCCAUACCGCGGAAAUAUAUAAACACAACGAUAAAACUGAGCUGCAUAGCUGCGUUACCAUGAUACUACAAGGGAUUCAACUCGAUGAAAUAACUGAUGUUACUUUAAUAAAUGUCAACGCUGAGCUCGGUAAGGCGCUGCACUCACUCUCGUAUCCUAUGAGAUACAUCUCUAGAACAUUCUACUGGCCGAACGAUACUGUCUUCAACGAUGUCUAUAUCAUUCGCUGCCAGAAUUAUUCCGUUUUCGCACGAGGUCUUGACUCAGUUCGAAGGGACCCUUUCUGGAAUCCACACGCGAAAUUUAUAAUCAUUAUCGAGGAUCUCGAAGACAACCUUCAAGAUGUUUCUAAUUUCCUUACACAUAAUCAUAUUUAUAACGUCGCUCUUGUCUCCUCGGACUAUCGGAAUGUAUCGGUGUACUCAUUCGGCGAUGAACGAGAUGAAUGUCAGCGUCCUGGAAGAAAAAAGCUAGAGAAGCUGCUAUCACCUUGUUCUGAAAUAGACGACGUUAUCAAAACGUUUUCGACGAAUACGACAAAUGACUUACGUGGCUGCCGUGUUCAUUUUGUGUCACAUGAAUAUUGGCCUUUCGUGUCAUUCGCAUCAAAAUAUGCUGUCGAGAACUAUUUGCUAAUGUUAAUUCGGAAGUACGCAGGUAUCACGGUCGACCUUGUGAAUUUUGGAACAGUUGAAAAUCACGGAGAAUGCUUAAAGAACUUUACUUACACGGGCAUGUUGCACGAAAUAGAAACAUACCACGUGGAGGGAGCCAUAGGAGGCUACUCGCUGACUCUCGGUCGAAUGAUCAACUUGGAUUUCAUAGACCCUUACAUGGUAAAUAGUUACAAGAUUAUAAUACCUCGAGCAAGACUGCUCAGCAUGUGGUCGGCCAUUAGAAAACAAUUCGGAGUCCGAGCGUUAUGGAUUAUUUUUGCACUUUUCUGCUUCCUUUGUGUGCAAGUUACUGUCAUGAGAAUAUUUAAGAAACGAGUGAGAGACACUAGUCGGGAUAUCCUCAUCGUCUGGGGUUAUUUCCUCAAUAACGUAAGCCAGAAAAAAGUUAAAUCUGGAGCGUCUUACAAAAUAGUGCUGCUAAAUAUGCUUUUGUAUAUAUUUAUAAUAUCUUGUGCUACGCAAGCGAGUCUGUUGAGCGCCACGACGCAUCCCAUCCGAGACUAUCAGCCCAACACCGCGGAAGAAGUAAUUUCAGACUAUCAAUUUAUCAUAAGUCCUGAUAUGUACGCUCAUUUGAAAGUGAAUCCGGUUAUCGACAUAUCGAACGUGAUUACUCCUUGCAAAACGUCCUUAGACUGCAUGAUGCAGGUUAUGCAGUGUGCUGAUCAGCCACUGUUCACUAUAGCAUCGGACGUAUACCACGAGAGUAAUAUUUGGAAGUUUACCGAUAAGUAUGGUGACUUGAAAAUCCAUACAUUAAGAGAGCCGUUGGGAACGAUUUUACAAACUAUGUAUCUUAGGAGAGGGUCGCCUUUAGUGGUGCCUUUUAACAGAAUGCUAGGAAGGAUUCGGUCAGCAGGCUUGAUAGACAAAUUUCUGACUAGAAUCCAUUUUUCCGAGCGGCUGAAAUACAAGUUUAAAGCUCGCAAGCAGAGGAAACCGCGAAAAUUGCAGGAGUUGAGAGGGGUGUUCAUGAUAUUUAUUUAUGGUUGUUUUGUGUCUAUUACUGUAUUUGUACUUGAAUAUUUGAUAUCAAUCAUUUUAGUGCUUUUCUAUACUAACUAAACAAAGUUUGCUGUGAAUAAUAUCUAAUAUCCAUAGAUCCAGACUUAACUACGGAAUAAAGACUAGGGGAGUGGUCUGAGAUUUGAUUACUAUGAAAACAAAGCACACGCCUGUUACAAUAUUUUUCUACUCCCGAACUGUUAUUCAUCAUUUACAGGGUAGUGCAUAGAUCUUUAAACCCCUACAUAAAAGUCUAUUCCCCAAAGCCAGCGACCGCCGGCUUCCCGCGCAUGCGCGCAGUAUCGAAAAAACUGAAAACGCAUUUUUUGGCUCUGUAUGUAACCAAGGCAACGCAUUAUUAUAACGAUACUGCGCACGUGCGCGGGAAGGCUUUAUGCAGCUGAGCUGACAGUGCAAACCAUUGCGUCAAAAUACAGGA